GGGGUCCGUGCGAAUCGUUUAUCGAGGAACAUAAAUUAAUGCUCGUUCACGGUGCGCUUUAAUAAUGAUCUUUUUAUCACGAUGGAACUCCGUAAACGUCACACUGUGUGGAUUAUUAUUCAUGCCCUUUCCCUUUCAAACCCAACCAGUUUCCCUUGCUGCUUUGCUGGAAAAUUGUUUCCAAACGUUGUUGACGCCACAAAUGCCACAAAUUAUGUUUUGCUUCCGAAGUUUUGCCUCGGAAUUAGUUUCUGUAACGGUUGAGUGCACUUAUGUUUCAAUUUACACCGUACAGAACCCUUCUACGAGACACUGCUCCGAUAUCGAUACCUGAUAGGCUUUUGAAGAGUUUUUGGAGGUUUGUUUUCUUCCCUAAAAUGAGCUGAAUUUUAUUACACCUCUUUUUCCUCUCUGUUUUUUUUGGGUGAGGAAAAACGCAGAAAGAAGGGACCUUUGGAAGAGGUGAGCUGUCGCAUGUCGUCAGUACCGAAGGGUCCUUUAAAGGGGUAGGACAGCUUACCAUUGAUGAUCGGCUCCAGGGAAGAGGUUCCUUCUUGCAGCGGACAUGCACAUCGGGAGCGUUUGCUUUAUUACGGAUGGUUUAUUGUUAUUGCAUCAUAAAGGAAAGAAAGGUCCUUUGCGAGUGCUCCACCCUUAAAGGUAUUGUAUUCUUCGAUGCCGAGUCGACCAAAAAAAUGUGUAGGGAGUUUGGUUUGGAGAAACAAAUCAAUCUUCAAAAAGCAGGGGAACGAAAUUCAAUACUUCUGUCGACCGCAAGUUUACCGUGUCGGUUUCUACUGCCGCUUGUAUUUUUUUCAUUUUAGAAGUACUUCUCUUUUAGCGUGAGAAAGCGUGAACACGUCUGAAGUUUUGCAGAACCUGUAAAAGUUAAUUCGCCUAAAAAAAUCUUUCCUAAAUCCAUGACUUCUUCGUUCGCUCGUUGUUCACCGCAUGCCCUUCAUCUCUUUCUUACCAUCCAUAUCUGCCCGUUUUUGGCAUUUGUGUCCGUGUCCCGUACUAAAACCCCUCUUUGCUCCACUGUAUCCAUGAAAUCACUUUAAAGGUGGCUACUCCUGGACCGCCCAGCAGUCCGACUUCGACCAGCAGUUCAUUAUCGAUCUGGGUGACGUACGCAACAUAACCCGCAUCGAAACGCAGGGCCGACCGCACAGCAACGAGUAUCUGACCGAGUACAGCAUCAGCUAUGGUUUCAACGGGCUCGACUACAUCGACUAUCGGGAGCCGGGUGGCAACACCAAGGCCGGUCGGCAUGGACACCGAUCGAGAAUACGUACUUCCACUUUCUCACCAUCGAUAUGGGUGAGCGUAAGAUGGUCCGUAAGAUCGCAACGGCUGGCCGUGCGACAACGAGUGAGUGCGUGACGGAGUACAUCGUCCAGUACUCGGACGAUGGUGAACUGUGGAAAUCCGUCACCGACAGUACUGGAGAGGAACAGCUAUUUAAGGGUAAUCGCGACGGUGAUUCCGUUCGUAUGAACUCAUUCGAGGUGCCUAUCAUUGCGCAGUGGGUGCGUGUUAAUCCGACACGCUGGCAGAACCGAAUUUCCCUGCGUGCGGAGCUGUACGGUUGUCGCUAUGAAUCGGAAAGCAUUUACUUCAACGGAACAGGACUGGUACGGUACGAUCUGCUGCGUGAUCCGAUCGCGGCAACACGUGAAUCGAUACGGUUCCGGUUCAAAACUGCCCACCCGAAUGGGGUGUUGCUGUACUCGCGCGGUACCCAGGGCGAUUACUUUGCGCUCCAGAUUAAGGACAACCGGAUGGUGCUGAAUGUGGAUUUGGGCGCGAAGAUUAUGACCUCGCUCUCGGUGGGCAGUCUGCUGGACGAUAACAUUUGGCACGAUGUGGUAAUAUCGCGCAAUCGGCGUGAUAUCAUCUUCAGUGUCGAUCGUGUGAUCGUGCAGCGGCGCAUUAAGGGCGAAUUCGACAAGCUUAAUUUAAAUCGCGAGUUUUAUAUCGGCGGUGUACCUAACCUUCAGGAAGGGCUUGUCAUUCAGCACAACUUUACCGGCUGUAUCGAGAAUCUGCACUUUAAUGCGACGAAUUUUAUCCGCGAGAUGAAAGAUGCGUUCUACGAUGGUGAACAUUUGCGUUACAGAAUGACGCACGUUACUUACAACUGUCCGGAGCCACCGAUCAAUCCGGUUACGUUCCUGACGCGUAGUUCCCACGCGAAACUGAAAGGAUACUACAGCUCGAAGCAGUUUAACGUUAGCUUUGCCUUCCGGACGUAUGAGGAGAAGGGUCUUAUGUUGCAUCACGACUUUCUGCAAGGGUCCGUGCAGGUAUUCCUGGAGGAUGGUAAGGUGAAGGUGCGCCUAAAGGAGGACAACUACGAGCAUAACCCGGGCACGAUACUGGAUAACUAUGAGGAACAGUUUAACGAUGGCAACUGGCACCAUAUGAUGUUGACGAUCAAGAAGAAUAGUCUUGUGCUGAGCAUCGAUGAUCGACCAAUGGAGACGACCAAGUUGCCGUAUGGCGAAAAUGAAUCAAAUAGAACGGACAGUUCCAGAUUGAUCGACAUAACGACAGGAACGUUGUACUAUAUCGGCGGCGGAAAGACAAAAGACGGAUUCGUUGGCUGUAUGCGAUCGUUUGCGAUCGAUGGUAACUACCGCAUCCCGACCGACUGGAAGGAGGAAGAGUAUUGCUGCAAGGGGGAAAUUCUGUUCGAUGCCUGCCAUAUGGUGGAUCGGUGCAAUCCAAACCCCUGCAAACACAACGGAAUCUGUAAGCAAACGUCGAUGGAAUUUACGUGCGAUUGUGCGGGCACGGGUUACGCCGGUGCCGUUUGUCACACGCCAAUGAAUGCCCUUUCGUGCCAGGCGUUCAAGAACGUGCACGAUGUGAAGCAGCGGCAGCGUAUCGAGAUCGAUGUGGAUGGUAGUGGACCGCUCGCACCGUUCCCGGUGACGUGUGAAUUCUACUCGGAUGGACGGGUCGUGACGGUGUUGAGCCACAGCUCGGAGCAUACGACGCGUGUGGACGGGUUCGCGGAACCGGGCUCAUUCGAGCAGAACAUCAUCUAUGAGGCGGAUCUGCCGCAGAUAGAGGCGCUGCUGAACCGUUCGUCGGAGUGCUGGCAAACGCUAACGUACGCGUGCCGUUCUUCGCGCCUGUUUAAUUCACCUUCGGAGCCGGAUAACUUCCGACCGUACGCGUGGUGGGUAUCGCGGCACAAUCAACCGAUGGAUUAUUGGGCGGGCGGAUUGCCCGGUUCGCGCAAAUGUCAGUGUGGCGUGGUUGGUAACUGUAUCGAUCCCACCAAAUGGUGCAACUGCGACUCGAACAGUCUCGACUGGCAGGAAGAUGGAGGUGAUAUACGCGAGAAGGAAUAUUUGCCCGUGCGUGGGCUGCGGUUCGGCGAUACGGGAACCCCGGUCGAUGAGAAGCUCGGACGGUACACGCUCGGUCCGUUGCGCUGCUCGGGCGACAGUUUGUUUAGCAACGAGGUAACGUUCCGUAUUGCGGAUGCGACAAUCGAUUUGCCACCGUUCGAUAUGGGCCAUUCGGGCGAUAUUUACUUUGAGUUUAAAACAACGAUCGAAAAUGCGGUACUGUUGCACGCCCGCGGGCCGACCGACUUCAUCCGGUUGGAUAUUGUAGCCGGCACAAAGCUGCUGUUCGAGUAUCAGGCCGGUACCGGCACGCAGAAGGUGUACGUGGAGAUGAGCAACAAACUGAACGACGAUCGAUGGCAUUCGGUUAGCGUGGAACGGAACCGAAAGGAGGCACGGCUCGUGGUGGAUGGUUCGACUAAAGCGGAAGUCCGUGAACCACCGGGCCCGGUUCGUGCACUGCACCUGAACUCUACACUAACGAUCGGUGCAAGGUUAGAUUACCGCGAUGGAUAUGUCGGUUGUAUACGGGCUUUGCUGUUGAACGGGGAACCUGUCGAUCUACGAUCGUACGCCGAACGUGGACUGUACGGUGUAUCGCCCGGAUGCGUUGGAAGGUGCGAAUCGAACCCGUGCCUCAAUAAUGGAACGUGUACCGAACGUUACGAUGGAUUUUCGUGCGAUUGCCGCUGGAGUUCGUUCAAGGGACCGAUCUGUGCUGAUGAAAUCGGCGUAAAUAUGCGAUCAUCGUCGAUGAUUAAGUACGACUUCCAGGGCGCUUUCCGAUCGACGCUAUCCGAGCACAUCCGUGUCGGAUUUACCACUACCAACCCGAAGGGCUUCCUGCUCGGAUUGUUUUCGAACAUUACGCAAGAGUAUCUUACGCUCAUGGUGUCAAACUCGGGCCAUCUGAAGGUGGUGUUUGAUUUUGGUUUCGAACGACAGGAGUUGAUCUAUCCGGUGAAACACUUCGGACUUGGCCAGUAUCACGAUGUGCGUUUUUCGCGCAAGAACCAAGGUGCGACGGUAGUGCUGUCGGUGGAUAAUUACGAACCGCAGGAGUAUCAUUUCGACAUCAAGGGUUCGGCGGACGCACAGUUUAACAACGUGGAGUAUAUGUACAUCGGAAAGAAUGAAUCGAUGAAGGACGGUUUUGUGGGAUGUAUUUCGCGCGUCGAGUUCGACGAUAUCUAUCCGCUGAAGUUCCUGUUCCAGGAGAGUCCGCCCGCUAACGUCCGAUCGCUCGGUACACCGUUGACGGAAGACUUUUGUGGCGUGGAGCCGGUAACGCAUCCUCCGAUUGAGAUCGAAACACGACCACCACCACUGAUCGAUGAGGAUAAGCUGCGUGAUGCGUAUGGGCCUGAUACGGCCAUCCUUGGAAGUGUGCUGGCUAUUAUUCUGCUACUGCUUAUACUCAUGGCGAUACUGAUCGGACGGUACAUGAACCGACACAAGGGCGAAUAUUUGACCCAGGAGGACAAGGGUGCCGAAGCGGCCCUUGAUCCGGACGAGGCGGUUGUACAGUCGACGACGGGCCACCAGGUUACGAAGCGAAAGGAGUUCUUUAUCUAGACGCACUCCACGUUCAAACGAAUUGCUUUCAAUUCCUUCAAGCGCCAGUUCGCCCCGCUGUAAAUACUGUUAAAAUCGCGUUUCCUGCAAGGACGCCAUCGCUGCCUCGGCCAGAAUCGACAUCAUUAUCAGCCCUACGCAGAGAUCGGACAUGCUGGAGGAAGACAGGAGAAGGAGAGGAGGAGGGAGAGGGAGAGAAGAGGUGAAGCAAAACGAUUAAAAGAAAACAGAAGGCCAUUCCGUGUUCGAAUGUUGUACUACGGUUGCAUUUCGCUAAUCGCGCGCGUUUGUUCACUUUGUUUACGAUGCGCAUUAAGUUUAAGAAGAAGUUUGUCUUAUAAUUUGACUCAAGCAGAGACCCGUCCACUAAGGUACUUCGAAACGAAGCAGUAGCAUAACAGGAAAAGAAGGAACAAAAACAAAUGGUUAAUAUUGAAUGCGGGAUGAUAGGAUUUCUGUAAUUGUUUUAUUUUGCCUAAAAGUUAAGGUUUUAGUUUUUAGAUUUUUUUUACACAAGGAACGAUUCGAAAUAGAAAGGUACUUGACCAAACGAUGGACAGGAGAAAGAAGGUAGAGAAGCUGCGCGCUUAAAAAAGAAUUUCAUCAACAUCGAUAGGGCCGAUUUUCCAUCCCCGGAAGAGUACCGACUGUUUUGUUUUCUUUAAAAAUUUCCUUUCAUUUAAUCCGUCCCUUAGUACUUUUAUUUUUGUAUUUUUUUUACGCGUAAAGUGAACACUCGAACGACGGCACAAAACACAGACAGAACGCCCGUGAACGUUUCUGUGCAACAAAAAAUUAGCUAACUGAACGCGUAUCAGCUAGUUGAAAACGAACCAAUAAAGAAAGAUGAAUAGAAAGAGGUUUAAAAAUAAAAGAAAAGCAAUGCGGAA